CACAACUCACAACUCACCUGUGUCACAUGUAGAACAGAACACACAUACUCUCUCCCACUUGCUUUUGCUUUCACUAUAAGCACAAAAGAAUAAAAAAUAAUCGCAAAUAAGAAGGGGAAAGGAAAGGUGGAAAUGAAUAAAUCCGAGAUACGAGGAUUUGGCUAUGAAUUAUGUGAUUCUAAGUCUUUUCCUAUGAUUUAAAUUGCUCUAUUCAUUUUAAAAAUAAACUGCUCUAUAAACUAAUCAUAUUGUUCUCAUUUUUCAAUUGUCCCCAAAAAAUACAACCCCACACCUUUUUCACCAAAAUUAAUUUUUUAAAAGUAUCAACUUGCACAAACCAAGACAACGAAGAUUCUUGGUAACCCAGUUGUUUUUUUUUUUUUUGUGUGUGGAAUCUUUGCCCAUUAGGAAUAGAUUGAAGUUCAUUUAAGAGCAAAUUUGAAUAUUUUUUGCAAGUUUAUAUUUUAUGUGGUUGGAGUAAACUGGUUUUAGUUUCUGGGAAUUUGGUUUGCAACCUUUUUUAAAUGUUAAAAUUUGGAUCUUACGUACUUGAGUGAAGUGAAACUGUGAUAGAGCGGUGGUGAUUUUUCUGUGUUGUUUUUGCAUAGAUCUGAAAUAAUGGAGCCUCCUACGGGAUUUUGUGCUUCAUUGUUGAGUUUUAUCCACUUUCUUCCUUUCUUCAUUGGCCUUCUACUUCUAGGCAACAUCAAAGGUGUCAUUCUUUGUUCAUUGACAUGUUUAAUAAUGACAAUUGGGAACUCUGCUAUCAUACUUGGACUAUGGCCAGCACAUGUCAUUUGGACUUAUUACUGCAUUCUAAGAGCUAAACAAUUAGGACCUCUUCUGAAGCUUGUUAUCUUCAUAUGUGUACUGCCAGUGCUGUUGAUUUCAUGGCCAGUGGUCGGUAUUAUUGGAAGUAUUGUAGGUGGAGUAGCCUAUGGAUAUCUUUCACCAAUAUUUGCUACUAUUGAAGCUGUGGAAGAAGGAAAAGAUGACAAACUUUACCACUGCUUUAUUGAUGGUACUUGGAGCACUAUAGAAAGGAGUUACAUGGUUGUUAUGGACACAAAAGAUGUUUGCUUCCAUUCUUACUUCUCGGUUAUGGAUGACCUCCGCCUAAAGGGGCCUCCUAAUACUAAAUACUAUGAAAUCAGGCUGCUAUAUCUUCCCGGUGCUUUUCUAGCUGCAAUUAUUGGAAUGUUAGUGGAUGUGCCAAUUAUAUCAGUUGUUGCACUAUGCAAAGGUCCUUACAUGCUUUUCAAAGGGUGGCACCGAUUGUUUCAUGACCUAGUGGGCCGGGAAGGCCCUUUCUUGGAGACAAUAUGUGUACCUUUUGCAGGUCUUGCUAUCCUUCUGUGGCCAUUGGCUGUUGCUGGGGCAGUUUUGGCAUCUAUUCUAGCAAGUUAUUUUCUUGGUGCUUAUGCAGGGGUUGUUGCUUAUCAGGAAUCUUCUUUCUCGCUUGGCCUUCGGUAUGUUAUUGCAGCUUUGUCCCUUUAUGAUGAAUACAGCAAUGAUAUUCUCGACAUGCCAGAAGGAAAGUGCUUCCCUAGGCCUCAAUACCGGAAAAAUCCAGAUUCAUCAGAACAAAAUUCUGGUUCAGCUUCCGUCUCAAGACCCAGCUCCUUUGGAAAGGCUCCCUCUCGCUCAUCUUCAAUGAAAAAUAACAUUGUCGAGUUGAAAUCACUUGAGCUGUUGGAUGGCUUGUUCAAGGAAUGUUGCAUUGUAGGAGAAAAAAUGAUUUCUGAAGGUCUAAUUACCGGCAAAGACAUUGAAGAAGCAAAAUCUGGUAAAGGGAGUAAUGUUAUUACUAUUGGGUUGCCUGCAUAUUGCUUACUCCAGGGACUUUUGCGCUCGGCGAAAGUCAAUUCCAUGGGUAUAUUGAUUAAUGAUGAUACUGAACUAACUCUCACAAACAGACCAAGGGAGAAAUUUUUUGAAUGGUUCCUCAAUCCCCUUUUGAUCAUUAAAGAACAAAUUAAAGCUGAAAAUUUAUCCUCCUCAGAAGAAGACUACCUCUGCAAAUUAGUUCUUUUAAGUGGUGGUGAUGCAGAGCGAUUAAAAAAUUCAGCUAUUGGCCCAGCCCCUGAAUCUGAGGUCAAGCGUGCUGAACUUGAUGCUUUGGCUAGAAGGCUGCAAGGGAUCACUAAAUCCAUGUCAAGGUUCCCAACCUUCAGGCGUCGUUUUGAUGAACUUGUAAAGACAUUGUCGGAUGAUCAUGCCGAGAAGCACGGAGCACCACCACCAAGUCCAACAAUGAAUAGAUCAAAGAGUGCCUUUGCUCGGUUGAUUAGUUUGAAAUCUUUGAAGGGGACAAGAAAUUAUGGGUCUAGUGAAGGGUCACGACAUAUUGUAUGAGAUUAAGAAUCUUGCCACGAAAACUGUAUUGUAUAUUUUUAACCCAAAGAUACAAAAUAUCAUGUCAAAGGUGUAUUGUUUCAUUUCAUUUUGGAUAGAAAAUCAAAAUGUAUUUGAUAAUGACUCUAGUAUCUCACCAUGUUUAUUCUUCAUGUACACUUGUUAAUUAAUGAUACAGAAAUAUGAACACAAAUGUAAACAUAUUUGAGCAAAAUAGUGUAUUAUCAUCAUGUUCA